AUGAGUCAACGACUGUCUAAUUACUUUGGCGGAUUCCAAGUCCCAGGAGAUCAGGAAGAAGGACGCGUCGCUACUGCCACCGAUAAAGUCUCAAGAAGCCAGCCAGCCACUAGACCGUUGCCUGAGAUGAUGCAACAAGGGGAUGUACAGUGCCGACCACAGGCUGAAGAAGUCGAAGGGCAAUGCGUCUUCCUGGAGUACGCCAAGUUGCACCUCCAACGCCUGGAGCAGCAGCUUGAAACAAAAGAGGCGGGAGUGUCGCAUCAAAGCAAACCUUCUCAGGUUGCAGAGAAGGAAGUGGCGGAUUGGGAACGUCUCCCCAAGCCGGGGAUACCGGAAAAGAUGAAUGCAAACCCGACAAAACUGCGGGAAAAGAAUAGAUAA